GUGAGAUACCUCUCACUAGACUGUAGAGACGGAAAUCGGAAAAAUGGACUCGAUCCAAUGUUCUUUGAAACGUACUUCCUUUAAAAAUAAUGUUGUUUCGAAGACAAGUGAAUCAAGUCCGUGAUUGGAAAGAGAUAAAGAUUUAGCGAUUCAAAACUUACCUCUCUUCAAACUUUUAAAAUCACUGCUUUUAAUAGAUGGCAGCACUAGUUUUGGCGCAAAUCAAUUAUCAUUCGAGAAGCUUUUUAUCAUACUUGUUGAUAUGUACUUGUUAGACAUAGAAAUUAAAUUUAUUGUACUGAUUAUAUACAUUUUGAAUUGUUUUUAUUUGUUUAUCACAUGAUAAUAAGUAAUACCAGUGUAUUAUUCACUAAAACCUAAUGACAGGUCCCUGGUUAAUUGAAACUCAUAUUUCGCGUACCAUGUAGCUUGAAUUAGAAAAUAAAAUGUUAAAACUAUUUUUGAUGAAAUAUCCUCAAUACACACCAAUAUGCAAGGGACAAAAAGUCUACAUGAAGCUGCAAACAGAACAGCCAUGAUACUUCAUCCUUGACUCCCAAAACCUAAGAUGGGUCCAGUCUUCUUUAUAGUGUGGACUAUAUGGCUGUCUGUGCAGGGAGUCUGCAGUGGGCAUAAAGAAGAAUGGAGAGACAUUGGUGAUAUUCUUCAACCAGAUGCAGAGGACUUUGAUUUCCCAGAUGCCAUAGCUUAUGUUGGAAAGCUGUUCCUUUAUCCCAUUCCUUCUGAAUUGAAAGCAACCUCUAUAAAGGUUGUAGAGGCAGGUAAAGGAACCUUACCUAACUGGUUACACUUCAAUGAUUCAUCCAACAUGCUCCAGGGAUUACCCACACUAUCAGAUCAGGGUCCUGUUUACAUCAAUGUCCACAUCACAAAUCCAAUAAUGGAUAAUACACAGAUAUUUCAAAUAACAGUCAAAUCAUUGCCAGCUAUAGUUAACUUAAAGGCUGUGAAACAGUUGAAUUACAUAUCAAAUAAUAUGCAUCAUAGAGAAUUGACAGAACAGUUCAUGACUUAUAAAUCAUUUACCUGUGAGCCAUAUGAGAUUACCUUUAUUGCCACAUUACAGGUAAAUAUAGACAUGGAGGAUAUAUCUGCCGAAGAAAGGAUUGAUAUAGUUAGGCGCUAUGCUCAUUUUGUAUCUAAGAACGCUGUUGACUUAACUUUUGUGACGUCUUCCUCUGUGAAACACCCAGAUAUACACAUCUUAGCUGCUGGACCGGGAAAUGCUCAAAUUGAUGAAUCCCUCCAUAAAGUUGGUGUUGAUUUAAGUUGGACUGUAGCAUGUGGGACAUUUAGUGAAAUACAAAACUUUGAGCAUGUACUUGAACAUAACAUUGGCUCCAAGCGAAUCCCAGGGGAAAUUGGUUAUGAUGUCAUAGGCUGGAGAAUUGAAUCUCAUAGAGCGUUGUCUGAACUCAGACAAUCACGUCAUCAUUUACGGCAUAUAAGAGCUGUUCAAACUCCCGUCCCUACUCCAGUCUUCACAGCCAGUAGUGUACCAAGCACAGUUGUGAUACCUUCACCAGAACAAUCACAGACUGCUAUGCACAGUGCAGGAUCAGGUGUAACUGACCAAGUUCGAACACAGCGAUCAACAAUAGCAGAGAGCUCUUCAACAAUCGAUCUAACAGCAUCAGAGACAGUUGAUAUAUCGCCUACUGCUGUCCAAACUAUGCUUUCUGAAUCUGUACAUGCAUCAUCCACAUCUGGUCUCUUUAGUGAAGUUUCAUCUGAUUUUUUGCCAUCAUCAAGUCUAUCUGUAGCAUCAUCUUCACUCAUAUCAAGUUCUGCAUUAGAGUCAUCACUUGAUAUUCAGUCAUCAACUUCAACUCCUUUGUUGUCCAGAACUUCAUCCAUUGAACCAUCAUCAAGUUCAUCUAUAGCAUCAUCUUUACUCAUAUCAGGGUCUGCAUUAGAGUCAUCACUUUAUACUCUGUCAUCAACUUCAACUCCUUUGUUGUCCAGGACUUCAUUCAUUGAACCAUCAGUAACUUCUGAGCCAGUUUCUAGUUCAUUUUCCCGCCAAACAAGUGUCAGUAUUGAGUCAUCAUAUGUUGAUGUAUUUAGUUCUUUAACUAUGAUUGUAACCUCUGUUAUUGAAGACUCAACAUCCUUUGUAUCUGAGUCAUUUUUAACUGAAUCUUUAGACUCAACCUUAGUGCAAUCAGAACCAAGCAUGACAAGCUAUACUAUUCAAAGUACAGAGCUUGCAACAUCUAGCUUAAGCAUGAAGGCCUCUUCAAUGUCAUUUGAUGAAAGAACGUCAUUCACACCAACAGUUGAAUUCAUGUCAUCAACAGUGGAACAAUUAACACCUUCAUCAGUGUUAUCUUUGAUGUCAUCAUCUUCAGAUAACAUGACCCCUAGCCCUACAUCUAGCCAUGAUUUGCCUGUUACCUCAACAGUAUUACAAAGUGAAUAUUUUACCAUUCUGCCAACAGGUUCAUCUGUUUCAUUUGUGCCAACUUCAUCAUUUGAUUCAACUGCCAUUUUUACAACCCCCUUGUCAUCAUCAAAUCUUGAACUUACAAGUUUGACCUCAAAUGUGCCAUCAGUUGUUAUGUCAUCAACAGUUGAGGAUAUUUCAUCAACGGGACUCUCAGAGUCCUCUUCACCAUUACAGUCACUUACAGCAUUAUUAACUGCAUCAUCUGUCUCUGUUAUAAGUUCAUCAUUUGUUGCUUUAGAAUCCUCAACAGUAGGACCAUCUUUGCCUGUAUUCCUAUCAUCAUCACAACCUUUUUCAUCUACUGAUCUCGCAAUCUCUGCUUCAAUACUUGAUUCAAGUUCAGUAUUAUCAGUUGCUUCGUCAAGUUUAAUUGAGGCAACAUCAGUAUUCUCUUUGUCAACUGAUUCAUCAUUUUUGCCUGAUGCUACAUCUACAGCCAUACCCAGUUCAUCAUUCUCAUUGACUUCAUCAUUCUCUACAUCUUUUGGACCAUCUAUCAUAUCAACAUCAACUACUCUAAUCUCUGAUUUCCAAACAAUGAUUACAUCAGCUUUCAUAACAUCAUCUUCAAUUUCACCAUCGUUUGUGUCAUCAACAGCGACAAGAGCCUCCUCAUCAUUUCUGCCCUCUUUUACAGAGUCUUAUUCAGUGGUAAGCCCCUUAUCAUACAAAUCAACCACAAUGUUUAUACCAGUGUCUACACCAGUUACAUCAUCUCUUAUGGUUAUAUCAUCAAUUUAUAUCUCACAAUCCUCAUCAUAUGAACUACCAACAAUGUUUAUUUCAUCUUCUUCACCAAUUUUAUCCUCUCCUGUAGUGUUUUCAUCAUCAAAUGAUUUUGUCAGUUCAGCUGUCAUUUCCUCUACCAGUUCAUACUCUAUACAGUCAAGUCAAGCAUCAUUAAUAUCAAGUGAGAUCAUCCUAUCAUCUUCAACUGAUCUUUUCAAAUCAUCAAGCUUUCUCAGUCCAUCCUCAAGCCAGUUUAUCUCAACAACAAGUUUAGUCUCUUCAAUAUCCAGAAUGUAUUCUUCAACGGUAGAUGCAAUUGUGUCAUCAAGUAAUAUGGGAUUAUCAUCAUCUAGUAUCUCGAUGUCCUGGCCAACAUCUACCAGUCUGCCUGUAUCUAGUACUCAGCCUGUGGUCACCACAACAGUGGCACCUGACCAUCCUCCUGUCCUAUACAACCCCAUAGAUAUUAUUAAUGUAAGACUUGGAGAAUACUUUACAUACAAAAUACCUAGUGAUACCUUCCAUGACUUUGAAGAUGGCGACACAAACAAACUCAGCCUACAUCUACAGCCUGUUGAAAUUGAUACGAACAUUGUACGAACUUGGGUAAAACUCAACACAUCGACGAGUAUAAUCUACGGACUACCUGUUAUGAAUGAUCUCAUGCCUUUUUCGGGCACAAGAGUGCGAGUGGAGUUUAUUCUCACUGCUGAAGAUACUAGUGGAUUACUGGCGCAUGAUGCCUUAUACAUCGAAAUUGAUACAACAAAUAUUUAUACACUCUCAUUCAUAUUUUAUGCAACAUUUGAAAUGGAUUAUACAACAUUUAUAAAAGAUGUGGAUAUUUUGAUACAGUUGCUUUCUAAUGUUGGUGCUUUUUACGGGGAUGAUAAUUUAGAUUUUAUAACCGUAUAUAACAUUUUUGAAGGCUCUGUUGAGAUAGCAUGGAGCAAUAACAGUGUAACAUCACAAUAUUGUGAUAAUACAACGAUACGUACUUUGUAUGAAAAACUCAUACAAACGGAUAAAGGAUCUCAAAUGGAAAUACCUAGUCAGAUAUUUCAGAAUACAAUGCUGCCUUUUAUAGUUAAAAGUGUUAAUUAUACCCUUGAAGGGGUAUGCCUGGGCCAGGGAAUCGGAGUCAUUCCGCCCCGGCCUACAGUCAUAAUAGGACUAGCCACUCAAUCACUCUAUAACAUCUGGUUAAGUACAAUUCUACCAGCUGUCGUAAUCGCUGUGUUGUUGUUCCUCGUUGGAUUAAUCCUGUUUAUUUUCUACCGCUAUAGAAGACACAGGGGGCAUAUGAAACCAGAGGAUAAAGUGACGUAUGUUAAUAAUAGGAAACCUUUGUUUCUUCCGCAAGAGGUUGAGAUGCACGAGACACCAACGAAGCCAGCCAGGUCAACAGUUUUGGACCGAGAUCGGGAAGAUCCAUCAGUUAGACACUCUUAUCCAUCUACAUCUCAGCCCACGCCACCUCAGUAUAAACUGCCACGGGAUGCCAUAUUUGAGGAUAUAUUUGGACCAGUGAAUAGUCCACCGCCAUCUUACCAUAGUGGAAAUUCUACGCCAACUAGGUUACCCCCAGUGUAUAAACUACCCCCUCCUUAUCAGCCUAAGAUGAAUUCUAGUGAUGUGUAAUUUGUAUUUUGGUGUGGGUAUAUACAAUUAGCUUACAGUGUUUUCAUUGGAAUAUCUGACAACAGGCAGAAAAUGAAAAUAAUGGGCAAAAUAAAGGGAAAUUAUGAUUUUUACAUUGAAACAGUAUUGCAAAAUCCUGAAAAAUUGUCUAUUGGAAGCUGUCAAUGAGUCUCCUGGGCCUGACUUCAGUAUUUCAUAACUAUGUAUUUAUGAGUGAAACUCGGAAAGUGUCUUUGAUAAACAAUGUAUUUAUGAGUGAAACUCGGAAACUGUCUUUGAUAAACAAUGUAUUUAUGAGUGAAACUCAGAUCAGGGGUCUUCUAAAGGGUCUCAUUGUAUGUUGACUUUCACAUUCUGAUCCUAUUUGA